CCUUGGAUCCCCCUAUCUUUCUUUACCGCGACCGGUCUGCGGUGCCGUGUGUGCUAGCCAGCGGCGUGUUCUCUUUCUCGUCCGAUCCCGUGAUUUUUUGGCGCGGGUUGCCAAUAUCCCCGGAGGGGGUAGGGGCGGCGGCCUGCGAUGUAAACGAGAGAAGCGAGAUUGGGAGCAGGGGAGCGACGGGCCUGCGGGAAUCGUCAGUGACUGCUCAUUACAGGAGCGGCGGACUGGACGACGCGGCCGGGCGGAGUCCGGGGAAUCUGCAGUGAAACCAGAUUCGCGAGUGCCCGGCUGGAUUAAGAGGCAUUGGUUGUGUUUUAGCUGACAUUAGGCUUCGAUUUGACAAGUAGAAAACUGAAAAGGUGUUAUUGCUAGAUUUGCAUACUGUGCUGCUGCGAAAGGUGUCACCACAUGGCUGCCAUUGGCAUUUUUGGCUGCCAAGAAAAUCCUAGAGUGCAUUGCGAGUGAAGGGAUACUUUUUUUCUUUGGAAAAUUCACCCGUACAAAUUCUGAACUGAAUCACUGUGAUGGCGCCAGAAAAGAAUUCUGAACUGAAUCGCUGUGAUGGCACGAGAAAAGAAUUCCGAACUGAAGGUAAAUGAUGUUGCCCUGAAAAUUCUGAACUGAAUCCAUGUCGUUGUUGUGGUUUUAGCUGUUUUCGGUGUGCUGUCAAAAGUCUACUGCUAGAAUGUGGGGUCGAGGAUAAUUUGCACCUACUAGAACUCUGUGCAGAAACACAGAUAAAUAGCGAGCAUCCAUUUUUGUAGAAAACAAUCUCAGUCUACACAACAUAAAUAUCAUACUCUGCUAGGUAGUAUCAAGAGCUGGCUAAGCAAGGGCUGCCGCAAAGCCAACGGACAACCACAAUAUUUCUUCUGACUGUAAAAAACCGGCACCAAUGCCCCCCUUGACCUCACAGUUCUAGCAGCAGACGGAAAACAGCAAAAAGCAGCAGAUCGGUUGUGCGUGGACUCCGGUCCAGGAAAAAUGCGGGGCAACAAGACCGUACAAGACCAUUCCCGGUCCCUGCAUUCAUGGACACUGGACAAGCAACAGUGCCAGUGUUCAAUAUUGUUGCCACCAAAAGCAAUACAAUGCUCAAUAUGGCUGCGGGCAUAUAUCCUGAGGGGCACCAAUGGCUCAGAUAAUGAUACCGUAUGAUAGUACGAGCCACAUUGAAUUUUCGGGGAAGGGGAAGGUGGUGGCGAUCACCAUAGGUAGACCUGCGCUGAUGCCUGGUGCGCGCGAUUCCACUAUGCAUCACUCAGUGGUGGAGGAAGAAGGGAAGCCGUCGAAGGAGCUGCCUGUGGAAACACUGAAUACUGUGAAGAGGAAAAGGCAAUCAACUUAUGUCCAAAAUGCCGAGUCUCGCACUACUUCGGGGAAGGAGAAGGUGGUGGCGAUCACCACGGGUGAGCCUGCGCUGAAAUCUCGUGUGCGCGAUUCCACUACGCAUCCGCAAAAGGUUCAGAAGGAGAAGAAUGGACGCAAAAAUGGUUCUAAGAAGAUGAAGUUGGUGGAGGAAGAAGGGAAGCCGUCGAAGGAGCUGCCUGUGGAAACACUGAAUAUUGUGAAGAGGAAAAGGAAAUCAAGUAAUGUACAAAAUGCCGAGUCUCGUACUGCUUCGGAAUUACAUGGUGUUGUAUGGCCAACCCAUAUCAUGGAGAGGCCAGAUUCUGAAUUCAAGGAAAAGUUGAUGCGUCUUCUCCGCAAACCAUUUAGCCAGGGAGAAUGUGAUACGCUGCUUGACAAGGCUACGACUCGCCCUCCGGCAACAAUGAAAAGGCAAACACGCGGUGGCGUGAAGUACUACAACUCUGAACAUGAAAGGCAACCAUCAUAUUUUGAUGGUCACCCAGAUCUUGCGAAACAAGUACGUGUAGAAAGCACCAGCAAACCCAACCAGUUAGCUCUGUUGCGUGGAUUUUUCUUCUGGAUGGAGAAUAUUGCGCAUCACGACCAAUUCAGGCCAUGGAGAGAUGAUUUCAAACAGUACAAAGUUACUAUGGUAGAAAUAGAAUGAGAUCACAAACAGAAUUACAGAAGAGUUUGUGCUUUCCCGAUUGAGGUGGCAAAGCCCCAGUUUCUCCUUGUUUUACUAGUUUGGUCUCCAGUGUGCAUCUUACACUGGUUGCUAUUGUUAUUUUGUCUCCAAAAACGUAGAGCUGAUGCUACCAGAAACUAGUAGCAUAUCACUCCCCAAAAUCAAUUAUCUUCAGACAGGGGUAUACCAUAGUUUGCUCAGCCUUUUCUUUCAGACAGAAGGUUUAUGGACGACAAUGUAUUGUUUUUAUAUGUGCAACUGCGGUCAUAACGUUGGAGUGCUCCCUGGUUCAUGCAUCUUUCAGACAGAAGCCUUUGGAUGGGAAAACCACUCUCUAGCGGAGUUAUAUACAUCAUUUUCUUUGAGUGAAAUA